AUGUAUGACCCUUUCUACGCAUGCGCAGUUCAUCAAAACUCAACACUGACGUUCUGUGUGUAAACAACCGUCAAGACCUUUAAACAGUCAGCUGUCACCGAGACACCGAGCGACCACACUGCCGGCUGUUUCAGACUGUUGCACUCAGAGCUAUCAUGCAGCAUGACACCGCCACGACCUCGCCUGUGUUUCUCUGCUCUAAAAGAAGACCCUCCCUGAUAUCCACCUGCAACGUCCCUCCUGAAAACUUUGCUGAGACGCUGCCGACGGAAAUGAGCGUGAAGAUCUUUGGCGAGCUGGACACUGAGAGUCUGUGCAGCGCCGCGCUGACCUGCAGGCUGUGGCGCGACAUCAUCGAGGAGAGCGAGCAGGUGUGGAGGAGGCAGUGUCUGCUGGUCAGAGCCGUCUGCCAGAGGGAGGUCGACAGCGACAGGAGGGACGGACUGUCCUGGAAGGUCACUCUGGUGAAGAACUACAACCGUAGCUGCUAUAAGAGAGACUGGCUGAGGGGACGGUACAGCCAUGUGCGCUCAGCGGAGGAGCUGCGAGGCAGGAAGAUGACGCCACUGGACGCUGAAACCUGGGGAGAAAUCCUACAGGCCGAGCUGGACAGAUGACUGACAGAAGCCGAAACAUUUAAUUUUUUUUUUAAAGCACCCUUUUAACGCUAAUAUAUUUCGUGGUUUUGUGUUUAUGCAAAUACACACAAAAAGUUGUAAAUAAUUUUAUUUUUGUUGUACUUUUUUUAAGAAAAAAAGGAUCAUGGAGAAAAUGAAACAUUGACAUCAGUGGGUAAAUUAUCUGUUACAAUUAAGUUUCAAUCCUGUGAUGUCAAAUUGACUGAGAUGCAAUAAAUGAAAUUCUUGCAGUUGGCUAAUAUAAAGUUUAAUUUUGAUGUCUAUUAAAAUAUUUUUGUAUUGA